AUGACAGAUGAUAGUAAAUCAGAACGCCAAGCCCUUAAUGAAAUUUUUCCAAAUUCUACUCUAUUUUUAUGUACAUUUCAUGUUCUACAAGCAUUAUGGCGUUGGUUAUGCGAAAGUAAACAUGGUGUUAGUAAAUUUGAAAGGCAAUUAUACAUGCAAAGAUUUCGAAAAGUUAUGUAUUCACCCAAUGAAAUCGAAGCUAAAGUAUUUAUGGAUGAACUAUGCAACGAUAAAUCAACUCUUUUUCAAAACAUAUGA